UCAAAUGAACAUCACACGGUUUUAUUUAUUUAUACCACAGUUUAUACGUAUUUCUGAAACAAAUUACAGGCAAAUUUAUAAUUAAGUUGUUUUUUGCCAACAAUUGUUACAUUGCGAGCAAACAAGGUGAAGAAGUGAUGAUUUUGGAAUUUUUUGAGGUUAUGGUCCCUUAACUUCAAGAAAAAUUGUCGCCCCUUAAUGAAAAUGGCUAGAAAUUUGUGUCAGUUUUUGAAAAUCGAUGUUCGACUAUUGCUUCCUUCACUGCAUUUAAAUGCGAGGUUAUAUUCUGCAAGUCCUGUUAAAAAAUCGGAAAAUGUGGCUCCGGUUUACACCAAGAGAGACGAUGAGUAUAAAAUGACCAAGAAAGGGGCUGUUAGUACUUUGCAGAAGCUGUUGCGACUUAAAACUUUUGACGCGUUUAACAUUGUGUUGAAUAAUGAUUUUUUCAACAAUGUGUCUAAAGCAACUUUAAAAGGCAAUUAUGCACUUCUUGUGCAGAAAGGAAUAACACCAGAAACUAUUUUGAAGUAUCCAGAAUUGUUAACAGUGUCGGGAACCGAGCAGAAACUACAGAUUAUAGAGGCGCUAAAAUAUGAUAUAAAUGAAGUUGCAAUUCUUUUAUUACUAAACAUACCUAGUCUUAAAAAAUUAGAAGAGAAUGAGGUGGAUCCAGAAGGGAGCACUAUAACGAGUCUUUCUUCACUUUUAAAUAUAGACCAUCAGAAAGCGUGUGAAUAUUUGGCACGAAAACCUUUUCUGUGUUUUCUUUCGAACGAUAAAAUCACGAGAAAAAUAGAAAUACUAAAAAGUUAUGGCAUCCCAUUAGAAGAAAUCUGCAACGACUUGUGGGUUUUAAGAUACAGAGAAAAAUUAAUAGAGGAACGUUUAAGUCGAGCAAAGAAAUACAACAUCGGAGCUGCAAAAACUUGGAUGGUGCGAGCCAAACAAGAAGUGUUUCAAGUCUAUAUCCAAAGACGUUCUGACAAUAAGUCGAUUCUGGGCAACAGUUCCCUCGCCGAGUACUUAUCAGAACGCCUCAAAUGCAGCGUAGAAGUGGCAAAUUACAUGAUAAUUAAACAGCCAGCCCUCCAAAACAAAAGUUUGAAAAAACUCAAAGAACUCAUCGACUUGUUAUACGCUGAAGGUUUCCAACCCUUGCACAUAAUCCGCGUGCCCAAAAUCUUGGUCCACAGUGUGGAAACGACGCAGAAAAGGCUGCAAAAACUCGCUGAAAAGGGGAUUAAAAUCGAUAGUUUAUCCAUGUUGACUAAAAGCCAAAACCAAUUCAUGCAGUACUACGAGGCUUUGCUGAAGAGUAAAAAUAAAGCAAAAAUUACAACUUAUCUGAUUUUAUUACUGGAUUGA